GGAUCCCUGGGGGUUUCCGGGGAGGCUCCCUGGGGUCUCGGUCCAUCCCGGGCCGGGAGUCGUGGUGUUUUCCCCUCCCUCUCCGGAUUCUCCCCCAUCCCGGUCCCCCAGGCCAUGGCGGACCCGUCGCUGCUCUCGGCCGAGCUGGAGGCGGACGAGGAGGAGGAGGCGGCGCUGCGGCGGCUCCUGCUGCAGGUGACCCCGGACCCUGAGGAGCCCCCGCGCCCCGGCCCCGCCCGCGCCGUCACCCCGCAGCCGGGGCUGUGCGUGAAGACCCGCGCGGGUGGGAACAAAGUGUUCGUCAACGUCUGUCACUCGCCCGAGGUGCCGCCGCCACCCCCCGUGUCCCCCCCGGGCCUCCAGAGGCUUCUGCGGGAGCCCCCCGGCCCCGACGGCGGCUUCAGGAUCCCCAUGAGCCUCGGGGAGCCACACGCCGAGCUAGACCGAGGAGGCCGUGGCUGCACCGCCUACGACGUGGUGGUGAAUUCGGGAUUCUUCAGGACGCUCCAGGCCGAUCCUUUGUACCUCGAGUUCUUCCUGACCGUGGCCAUGGAGGGGCUGUCGGAGAAGUACGGCGUGGAACUGGAGCUCACUGGCUGGCGGGUGCUGCAGAACCGGAAAUUCCUGGGCUCUAUCUCAGCCCAAAACAUCCGGGCCCGGCCCCGGCCCCACAUCCAGGAGCUCCCGGGCCCCCCAGACCCCCCCCAGUUCGUGGUGGUCGCCGAGCCCUCGGCCCAGGACCCACAAGUGCUGCAGGCCCGGGUGCACCUGCCCCAGGUGGAGGGGGCGGGGUCUCUCUGGCUGGGGCUGAGCGAGGAGCGGCUGCUGCUGCUCCGCCCGCCGCCAGGGGGCGCCGCCGCCGAGGGUCCGCCCGGCCGCCAGGGGGCGCUGCUGGAGCUGGGCCUGCCCCUGCCCGCGGACCCCGCGCGGUGCCGCGCGCGCUUCCGCCGCCGCUCCAAGGUUCUCACGGUGACGAUGCCGCUACGGGUGUGAGGGGCGAGGGACCCAUCCCGACCGACCCCCCCCCGAGAAGUCCCAGGAUCGCUCUGGACCCUCCCCAGCAUCGUCCGGGACCCUCCUGGCCACCCCAGCCUGGGGUCAUCCUGGACUUCCCCAGGAUGCUCUUGGACACCCCCAGGAGCCUCCUGGACCCCCCAGCCCAGGACCCCUCUGGACUUCCUCUCAGGGACCCCCUUCAGGACCCUCUGACCUCUGGGGCCUUUCUCGGGACGGUUCUGACCACCCCGAGGCCUCUCAGGGACCCUCCUCAGGACCCCCUAAACUCCUCCAGGAAUGUUCGGGGACGCCCCCCACGACCCUCCUGGACCCUCCACCCCGAGAUUGUCUGAAACUUCCCCUUGGGCCCCCCCGAUCCUCCCCAGGUCCCUCCUGGCCCCUCUUCCCACCCCUACCCAUCCCCUCAGACCCGCCACACUCCCCUCAGGAUCCUCCCACCUCCUUUUUUGUGCAAAACCCCCCAAUAAAAGUUAAACCCCAA